CAUCACUACUGAAGAGUAGAGGAGGGCAGAUUGGUUGAAGCCAAAAGAGAAGACAGGGUAAGGCGGAAGAUUAAGAGACCGUAACAGAAAAAAGCAAUAACAGGAAGAGAAGAAGAUGGGUGGACGUGUGAGCUGCUGGCUGCUGCUCUCAAUCUCUCUGAAAGGUAUUCUUGCAGGUGAUUGGUCAGUUCGUCUCCCCUCCAGUCCGAUCUGUGCUGUGACUGGUUCUUCCGUGGUUCUCCCUUGUUCCUAUGACUACCCCCAAAGUUCUAAUGAGACCCAGGAAGAGGGAGGGCUUGCUGCUCAGAUUGGAGGAGGAGAAGAAGGACAACGGUACGAAGUUCUGUCUGAGAUGUGGUGUCUCGAAGACAGUCGCUGUAUCACAUCAAGAUAUGUCUUCCACAGUGCCAGUAUCUUCCCAGAUCCAUCCUACCAGAACAGGGUGGAGUACCUGGGACAACCAGGAUCAAAAAACUGUUCUGUGAGGAUUUCUGAUGUGAGACAGUCGGACAGUGGAGCUUAUGUGUUUUACGUCAUUACCAGCCACCCUACACAGAAGAUGCCGGAGCAGAGUGGUGUACAGCUGCUGGUGGCAGACUCCUCCAGCGCAGUCACAGUGUCAGCAAGUCCUCUCAGUGACAUCACAGAGGGCGUGGCCUUACGUCUGGCCUGCUGCAGCCCUGUGGCCGGCCCACAGGCCCGUUUCAGAUGGUACAAGAGCACAAGUAGCAGCCCGAGACAUACUGGACAGGUGUGGGACAUCAGUGAGGUUACACCUGAUGUCUCUGGCAGCUACUACUGUCAGAUACAGACUGGAGAUAAAGUGCAGAACUCAACAAUGCUGCCCAUUGACAUAGAGUACUCUCCUCGAAGCACAGCUGUCUCAGUCUCUCCUGCUGGAGAGCUACAGGAUGGGCUCCCUGUGACUCUGACCUGCAGCAGUGAUGCUAACCCGCCUGUCCAGACAUUCACCUGGUACCUGGGUGCAGCAUGUCUCCCUACAGCAGACAAAAGCUUUCAUCGAGCGAGACAAUCCACAGCUAUACCAACAGGACGAGGCCCGACACUCAGCAGUGUCAACAUCUCCGCUAAAGAAUAUGGGCAGCACUGCUGUGUAGCACGCAACAGGCAUGGAUCCCAGACUGACAGCGUAACACUCACAGGUCCCAAAGCGGACCCGUCUGACUCUUCAGGACGCAGAUUGCUGAUUAUCGGAGUGACCAUCGCUGUUCUUCUGGCUAUUAUAGCCAUAGUGGCCUUUCUCUUGAGGAGGAGACAGAAGUCAUCCAGACAUCAGCCGUAUGUCCUCACAGAGACAACUGAUACGGCACCUUAAGGCCUCCUUCAGCACAAAGUACAAACACCCUACGACCACCAGAACAUACCUUUAAAGUAACUCAGGAUAGGUAGAUUUUGUUUCAAUAGUCUUGGACACUCUUGUGCAUUUACCUUCAUGCCUCAUGUUGCCAAGUAAACCCCUAAAUUGGGCUGCUUGAUCUCAUGACUGAAAUAAUGUACACAGAAGACAAACAACUUCCAAGACUGUUGACAGUGGCGCUAACUCAGAGUGGGCCAACCUGAAGACCAUAUGAUAGACAUGUCUGUACAUUCAAACACGCAGGUCAAUUCUGAAACCCUUCAUUCCUGGAUUUCAAUGUACGGACCUCAACAAGGAUGAACUUGGCUCAUUUGUGCUUUAAGAGAGUAAAUGGUUUUUUUAUUUAUUUUUUUAAUGACAGAACUGAAGCUAAAGAAAAACUGUGUGAAUAUCUUUAUUCUGUUGGCUCGUAUCUGAUCUUUUGCUCCAUUUGUUUAAGUUUUACUGUGCUUUUAGGAUAAGCUAAAUGUUACUGCCAGGGUUCAACCAUGCCAUCUUUAAGAAAACAUGUAUUCAUUAUAACUGAGAAAAUAGACUGAAAAUCAUAAAGUCAUUACCAAACGCUUUCUA